CCCAGUGUGUGGCAGCGGCGGCGGCGGCGGCAGCGGCGCGGCGAGGCUGAGGCUCUUGUUUACCAGCAUUAACUCCGCUGAGCGGAAAAAAAAAAAAAAAGGGAAAAAAACCCGAGGAGGAGCGAGCGCAUCGGGCGAACUCGAGAGCGGCGGGCGAGCGAGAGGGACGCUGCCAGCGAGCCUGGUCCCGGCGCGCCCGUGCCCGGCGCUCGGAGACCCUCGGCCCCGCUCCCCGGGCCCUCCACGCCCCUCCCGCGCCGGGGGAGCUCCACGGCGCGCCGCGCGCCUCGGCUUUGACCUUCAGCUCGCCGGAGCCCCCGCGCGCGGGGCCGGCGGCGCGGCAGGCGGGGGCCGGGCGGGGGCUGGCGCGGGGCGGGCGGCGGGAGUGCUGAGCGCGGCGCGGGCGGCCCGCCGCUUUGUGUGUGUCCUGGUUUUGGGCAGGAGCUCCCGGCGGCGGCGCUGAGGGAGGCGGCGGCGGCGAGCGGAGUCCGGAGGACCAGCAGGCGGGCAGCCGCUCAUUCAUUUUCGCACCGCAUUUCGGCCCGAGCAGCCUCGCCCGCUCCGGGGACUUCGGGGCGAUCCUGGGAACUGCGUCGCGCCCUCCCGCCGCCGAGGCUCGGACGGCGGACAGCUUCUCCCCGGGGCCGCGGUCAGGUUUGUUCCGCCUGGCCCGGACGGAUUUGGGCUUUGCCCCCUCUCCCUGCAGUUUCCCCCCCUCCUGCCACUCUGGUUUGAAAAUGGAGGCCGACGACGCCGACAGCCCGCCCCAGCGCGCCCCGAGUUCUCGACUCGACAGAGCCCUGGGCUGCGGCUGCCGGUGCUGAGGGGCCCGCCGAGCCGCCCGCCCCGUCCGCUGCGCUCCGCCUUUGGAGUAUUGUUUCUUUCGCCCUCGUUUGUGGAAGGGGGGCGAAGACUGCGUUGGAGACUUUUUUCUUUUCCUCCCCAACCCCUUUUAUUUUUGAGAAAGGGGAGUUGCGUCCUAAAGCAAAGGAAUGAAGUCUGGUUUCGGAGGAGGGUCCCUGACCUCACUGUGGGGGCUCCUGUUUCUCACCGCCGCGCUCUGGCUCUGGCCCACGAGUGGAGAAAUCUGCGGGCCGGGCAUCGACAUCCGCAAUGACUACCAGCAGCUGAGGCGCCUGGAGAACUGCACGGUCAUCGAGGGCUACCUGCACAUCCUGCUCAUCUCCAAGGCGGAAGACUACCGCAGCUACCGCUUCCCCAAGCUCACGGUCAUCACCGAGUACCUGCUGCUGUUCCGCGUGGCCGGCCUCGAGAGCCUGGGCGACCUGUUCCCCAACCUCACGGUCAUCCGCGGCUGGAAGCUCUUCUACAACUAUGCCCUGGUCAUCUUCGAGAUGACCAACCUCAAAGACAUCGGGCUCUAUAACCUGAGGAACAUCACCCGGGGGGCCAUCAGGAUCGAGAAGAACGCCGACCUCUGCUACCUGUCCACGGUGGACUGGUCCCUGAUCCUGGACGCAGCCUCCAACAACUACAUCGUGGGCAACAAGCCCCUGAAGGAGUGCGGGGACCUGUGUCCGGGGACGGUCGAGGGGAAGCCCCUGUGCGAGAAGACCACCAUCAACAACGAGUACAACUACCGGUGCUGGACCACCAACCACUGCCAGAAAACGUGCCCUAGCGCGUGCGGGAAGCGGGCCUGCACGGAGAACGGCGAGUGCUGCCACCCGGAGUGCCUGGGCGGCUGCAGCGCGCCCGACAACGACACAGCCUGCGUGGCCUGCCGCCACUACUACUUCGCCGGCAUCUGCGUGCCCAGCUGCCCGCCCGACACCUACCGCUUCGAGGGCUGGCGCUGCGUGGACCGCGACUUCUGUGCCAACAUCCUCAACGCAGACAGCACCGACACCGAGGGCUUCGUGAUCCAUGAUGGCGAGUGCAUGCAGGAGUGCCCUUCGGGCUUCAUCCGCAACGGCUCCCAGAGCAUGUACUGCAUCCCUUGCGAAGGCCCUUGCCCCAAAGUCUGCGAGGAGGAAAAGAGGACGAAGACCAUCGAUUCGGUGACAUCCGCUCAGAUGCUCCAAGGCUGCACCAUCUUCAGGGGCAAUUUGCUCAUUAACAUCCGACGGGGCAAUAACAUCGCCUCGGAGCUGGAGAACUUCAUGGGGCUCAUCGAGGUGGUGACGGGCUACGUGAAGAUCCGCCAUUCCCAUGCCUUGGUGUCCUUGUCCUUCCUCAAGAACCUGCGCCUGAUCCUAGGAGAGGAGCAGCUCGAGGGGAACUACUCCUUCUACGUCCUUGAUAACCAGAACCUGCAGCAGCUGUGGGACUGGGACCACCGCAACCUGACCAUCAAAGCAGGCAAGAUGUACUUCGCCUUCAAUCCCAAGCUGUGCGUCUCCGAAAUCUACCGCAUGGAGGAAGUGACGGGGACCAAAGGGCGCCAGAGCAAAGGGGACAUAAACACCAGGAACAACGGAGAGAGAGCCUCCUGCGAGAGCGACGUGCUGCACUUCACCUCCACCAACACGUGGAAGAACCGCAUCAUCAUCACAUGGCACCGGUACCGGCCCCCGGACUACAGGGACCUCAUCAGCUUCACCGUCUACUACAAGGAAGCACCCUUUAAAAACGUGACGGAGUACGAUGGUCAGGACGCGUGUGGCUCCAACAGCUGGAACAUGGUGGACGUGGACCUCCCCUCCAACAAGGACAUGGAGCCGGGCAUCUUGCUGCACGGGCUGAAGCCCUGGACGCAGUACGCGGUGUACGUGAAGGCCGUGACCCUCACCAUGGUGGAGAACGACCACAUCCGUGGGGCCAAGAGCGAGAUCCUGUACAUCCGCACCAACGCCUCAGUCCCUUCCAUCCCCCUGGAUGUCCUCUCGGCAUCGAACUCCUCUUCGCAGCUGAUAGUGAAGUGGAACCCGCCGUCCCUGCCCAACGGCAACCUGAGCUACUACAUCGUCAGGUGGCAGCAGCAGCCCCAGGACGGCUACCUGUAUAGGCACAAUUACUGCUCCAAAGGAGAGCUGGGCCUUCAUCCCCACUCUCGUGGGGCCUCUCUUCUCCAAGCAGACAAAAUCCCCGUCCGGAAGUACGCCGACGGCACCAUCGACAUCGAGGAGGUGACAGAGAACCCGAAGACUGAAGUGUGUGGGGGGGAGAAGGGGCCUUGCUGCGCCUGUCCCAAGACUGAGGCGGAGAAGCAGGCCGAGAAGGAGGAGGCCGAGUACCGCAAAGUCUUUGAGAACUUCCUGCACAACUCUAUCUUCGUGCCCAGACCUGAAAGGAAGCGGAGAGACGUCUCGCAAAUUGCCAACACCACCAUGUCCAGCCGGAUCCGGAACAGCACGGUGACGGAGGCCUACAACAUCACAGACCUGGAGGAGCUGGAGACCGAGUACCCGUUCUUCGAGACCAGAGUGGACAACAAGGAGAGAACUGUCAUUUCCAACCUCCGGCCUUUCACCCUGUACCGCAUCGACAUCCACAGCUGCAACCAUGAGGCCGAGAAGCUGGGCUGCAGUGCCUCCAACUUUGUCUUUGCGAGGACUAUGCCUGCAGAAGGCGCAGACGACAUUCCUGGGCCCGUGACCUGGGAGCCGAGGCCCGAGAACUCCAUCUUUUUAAAGUGGCCGGAGCCUGAGAAUCCCAACGGGCUGAUCCUGAUGUACGAGAUAAAGUACGGCUCGCAGGUCGAGGAUCAGCGGGAGUGUGUGCCCCGGCAGGAGUACAGGAAGUACGGAGGGGCCAAGCUGAACCGGCUCAACCCGGGGAACUACACGGCCCGGAUCCAGGCCACCUCUCUGUCUGGCAACGGCUCGUGGACGGAGCCCGUGUUCUUCUACGUCCAGGCCAAAACCACGUACGAGAACUUCAUGCACCUGAUCAUCGCGCUGCCGGUCGCCGUGCUGCUCAUCGUGGGCGGGCUGGUGAUCAUGCUGUACGUCUUCCACAGGAAGCGGAGCAACAGCAGGCUGGGGAAUGGCGUUCUCUACGCUUCCGUGAACCCAGAAUAUUUCAGCGCGGCGGACGUGUACGUGCCCGACGAGUGGGAGGUGGCCCGCGAGAAGAUCACCAUGAACCGGGAGCUGGGCCAGGGCUCCUUCGGGAUGGUGUACGAGGGGGUCGCCAAGGGCGUGGUCAAAGACGAGCCCGAGACCAGGGUGGCGAUCAAGACCGUCAACGAGGCCGCGAGCAUGCGCGAGCGCAUCGAGUUUCUCAACGAGGCUUCGGUGAUGAAGGAGUUCAACUGCCACCACGUGGUGCGUCUGCUGGGCGUGGUGUCGCAGGGCCAGCCGACGCUGGUCAUCAUGGAGCUCAUGACUCGGGGUGAUCUCAAAAGCUAUCUCAGGUCCCUGCGCCCGGAAAUAGAGAGCAACCCAGCCUUCGCCCCCCCGAGCCUCAGCAAGAUGAUCCAGAUGGCCGGGGAGAUCGCAGACGGCAUGGCGUACCUCAACGCCAACAAGUUCGUCCACAGAGACCUUGCUGCCCGGAACUGCAUGGUGGCUGAAGAUUUCACCGUCAAAAUCGGAGAUUUCGGCAUGACAAGAGACAUCUACGAGACUGACUAUUACCGGAAAGGAGGGAAAGGCCUUCUGCCUGUGCGCUGGAUGUCCCCUGAGUCCCUCAAGGAUGGCGUGUUCACCACUCACUCUGAUGUCUGGUCCUUUGGGGUCGUCCUCUGGGAGAUUGCCACGCUGGCCGAGCAACCGUACCAGGGCUUGUCCAAUGAGCAAGUCCUGCGCUUCGUCAUGGAGGGCGGCCUUCUGGACAAGCCGGACAACUGCCCUGACAUGCUGUUUGAGCUCAUGCGCGUGUGCUGGCAGUACAACCCCAAGAUGAGGCCCUCCUUCCUGGACAUCAUCGGCAGCAUCAAGGACGAGAUGGAGCCCGGCUUCCAGGAGGUGUCCUUCUACUACAGCGAGGACAACAAGCCGCCCGAUCUCGAGGAGCUGGACCUGGACCCCGACAACAUGGAGUGCGUGCCGCUGGACCCCAUGGCCUCUGCGUGCUCCCUGCCGCUGCCCGACAGACACCUGGGAUUCGAGGUGGAGGGCUGCCCGGGCCAUGGCAUGCUGGUCCUGCGGGCCACCUUCGACGGGAGGCACUCGUAUGCGCACAUGAAUGGUGGGCGCAAGAACGAGAGGCCCCUGCCGCUGCCCCAGUCGUCCACCUGUUGAUGUGGGGCCGCGUCCCGUGCAGACGGCACCACGUGUGCGCGCCUGCGCCUGCGCGGCGGGCGGGGGGCGGGCUCUAACCAUCUGUCCACAGCCUCCUGCACCUCAGCGGAUCUUCAGAGCUGCCACGCCGCCCACGGGAGACGGCGUCUCUGCAGUAAACACACUUGGGAUGUUCCUUUUUUCAAUAUGCAAGCCGCUUUUUAUUUCCCUACCCAAACCCUUAACUGACACGGGCCUUUAAAGAACCUUAACGACAACACUUAAUAGCAACAGAACACUUAGAAUCGAGUCUCCUCACUCUUUCCCUGUCUCCUCCAUCUCUCUCUCUCUCUCUCUCAUCUCAUCUGUCUCUCGCUCUAUCUCUCUCGCGCACGCUCUCUCUGUCUUUCUCCCUCUCUGUGCUUCAUAACGGAAAAAGCAUUUGCCACGAGCCCAGCCCUUUUUAUCAGAGUGAGGAAAUGGCUGUCCCUCCACGUGGUCCCAUCUUGCUCCCAUACACACCUGCCUGUCACCGUAGGUCUUUAUAAAAAAAAAAAAAAACAGGUUGCGAUGGCAUUUUUUUAACUUUGUCUUGAACCUUUGUAGGAACACACGAAAUUUACCAAGGGCCAUCCUUCACCAAGGUUGUUACCAUUUUAACGCUGCCAAAUUCUGCCAAAACUCGGGACUCUGUCGGUCGCUCACACCCCCUACGCUUGUUUUCUGGUCUCCAGAGGCACAGGGCGAGCACGGCCCCUGGUCACUCCCAGGAGGGCCACACCAGUGAAGCCCUGCGCCUCACUGUCCCCUGGUGUCCGUUGCAGGUCUCACGUGCACACGGGUCAGUUUGCUCUGCACUAGGUUAUUCCUCGGGGGAACUGGGCAGAACGGGGCUUGCUGUCAGAGGACGGGGAGAAGCCCGCCUGGCUUCCCGGCUCUACCUCCCCGCCCCCGCCUCUGGCUCCAGCAAUUCUGAGGCGAACGGGCCCCUCGAGGGAGAGAGAGCCUGGCACACAGGCCCAGGGCAAAGGUCACCCAUGUGCCAGUCUCCUGUCUCCACCCCCCCCACCAGCUCCCACCAGGUCCCCAAGGACACAGAUUAGAAGGGGUUUCCAGGGACUGAGCCCAACUGUCCAUGCGGGUUUUCGAGGAAAGCAGUUCCGCCGGCACCAGGACCGUGAGAAGAAGAGCAGUACACGGACCCGGAGCUUUAUCCUGAGCUUUGUCCACACUUUCUCUGUUACUAGGACUUCCUCGUGGUUUUCUGUGUGAGACCGCGAGACAUUUGCAUACACAUCGUCUUUAAUGUCACUUUUGUAACUUUUUUACGGUUCAGAUAUUCAUCUAUACGUCUGUACAGAAAAAAGAAAGCUGCUAUUUUUUUUCCGUUCUUUAUCUUUGUGGAUUUACUCUGUGAAAAUCUUCAGGUCUGCCCUUCUUCCCUCUCUGCUCACUCCAAGAAACUUCUUACGCUUCGUGGUAGACUGCGUGACUCUUCCUCUUUUCCCGGCACUCCACACUUCCGGAACAUAAUUUGCCAUGAACUGUGUGAUGCCUUUUUAUAAACCCGCCCCCCCUCCCCGCGGUCCCCCCCCCUCCGGCCCCAUUAGUUCUCCUCUGACCGGGAGGCCCUGUGGGCCGGAGGCGGGAGGGACCCUCUCCUCAGCCUGCCCUCGCUGGGCGCUGGAGUCUGUCACCGCACGAGACGUGAGACACGCUCGGGGCAGACGGCAGAGGCUCCUCUCCGCACGUCCGCGCUCAGUGUUUGCGGUCACCGUGGUGGCACAGCCUCCCCCUCUGUCCCUGGCGUUCGUUUCACUCGUGACAUGUGUAUCUAUUUUUUUUAACUCUUGGGUACAACAGAAGUUGGAGCUGCAGAGCCUAGACAUGUGGAUUUGUUUUUUGUUUGGAAGUAGAUAUUUAAUCUUUCCAUCCUAGAAAAAACAGCUGCUGAGUCCAAAGGGUGCAGCGGAGUGUGGUCCAGCGGCCCCUCCCGUGGCCUUCUGCCGCCGCCCUCCAGGCAGACCUGUCCUAGGACCGGAAGCUCCCAGAGACCUCCCUGGCACAGGCGGGGGGCCCGGGGCCCAGGGCCCAGGAAGCCACGCUCCCUCCCGGGGACCAGGGCCCUGGUGCUGGCUGCCUCCCCUGGCCAGGAAUCCGACUCCUUGGGGCCUGGGGCUCUUCUGUGUCAUUUCCUAGCACUUCUCACCGGGGCGAUGACGGCACAGAGUUGCUUCUGGGAUGGAAACGUUUCCGUUACAAGUAGGAACAAAGCUCCAAUGUGAUGGUUGCUAGUUGGGACGAGAGUAAACACAAAAAAGCAAGUUCGGCUGCUUCACACGCUGGCCGGCAGUUUCGGUGCCAGUGUUUUCUCUAGCCUCUGUCCCCCACUUUUUCCCCUUAAAAAGCUGAGAAACAGACAAAGGUGAAUCAGGAAGGUAUAAUAGGAAUUUUGAUUGAUUUUCAGAUUCCAGUUUUAAUCGCUGUGGAGAAGCCCCCUUAGGAAUCGAAAUACUGACAAAAGGGGUUUUUGUGUGUGUGUCUGUGUUAGAUGGGACAGUUUUUCUUUUUUGGAGUUUUUCUUUCAAGCAUUUAUCUACCUCACUCUUAUUUUUUAUACGUGGAUAUACAAAAAAAAAAAGAGUACAUCUCGCAUUUCUCAGUACCUGGCAAUACGCUGUUGACACUGGUAACCUCAUGUAGCCACAGGCCACACGCCAGUGCCACAGGGCCAGGCCGGGCUGGGUUCCGGGGGCGGAGCUGCCCCUUCUCACCUCUCCACUCCUUUCCGACAGCUUGCCUUUUCCUGACAUGUCUUACUUGCCGUUGCUUUUUUUCUUCUUCUUCUAACUCGGUUCGCUACGAGGUUGUGAGGUGUCAGGAUUUCCCUCCUUCCGGCCCGGCGCCCCCACACUCGGCUGGGAGGUGAGGGGAGCAGCUGUCUUUGAAGCCAACUGCUCUGUGCAGACAGAAGGACAGGGUCUGUCCCUGGAAAAGCAGUGGUUUCCUGGGCUUUGAGGGGCGGACAGCGUGUGUGUUAGCAUCCCACCUGUGAAGGCGCAGCGUGUGUGUUUGCUCCACGGGGCACCGCCACGCGCGCAGCCCCGGGCAUGGCCCGCGCCAGGUGGAGAUGCGCUGUGGCCUGCGCUCAGCGCUGCAGCCGCCUCAGCACGCCGACAGCCCCGCCGCACGGCUGCUGACCUCCCAGCCGACCCCUCCCAGAACGCACGGCACAGAAAGCCCCCUUCCCCUGUCCAGGCCCUUCUCUCCGCCCUCGUGUCCUCCUCCCUCCCAGGGGAAAGCAAAGAUGUACCAAACCUUUGGACUAGAGGGGCAGUGGUCAGCGCCACGCCUCCUCCUGGGGCACCUCUGUCCCUCUGUCCUGCUGCUCACAGGUGGACGGCGCAUUCCCCGGUUCGGACAGCUGGUGGUUUGAUCUGAGCAACACGGUGGGGCCUUCCACAGCACGGAGGGCUUCCUGAAAGUUCCGGUACCGCAGCCAAGCUCAGGGGCACCUCCCCUCCCGCAAGAGCGUGCCUCUCCUCUCCCGAGUCCCCUGAGACCGUACAGUCGUUGAGAAAUACUGCUUGAUCAGGGUUCUCUUCCUCCACCCUGUAGGUGACCCCCUUGGAAUAGUGGCCUGUCUUCUCUUUUGCACAUACACUCCGGUUUCCACAACUGGACUCCUACAGAUCAUUCAGCUGGUUUAUAAGGGUUUCAUUUCAACUGUCCGAGUUGUCGGUGUCCUUCUGUUCUUGUCCGAUGUAGGUGGUUUUUCUUUAAGUAGAAAGCAAACACGAACAGUGCCGUGCCCGUCGUGAGAGAUGCUUCAGAGACAGAGACAAAAGCGUGAAGUUUGCUCGCGAGACAGGGCAGUCGUUCUACUGGACCAAACCACCCACCUGGACUCCACCCAGGCGUCAUCUGUCCACAGUUAUAGCCUGAUUUUGUGCUGAUUUCCCCGCCGCUUCUGAAUUUUUUCUCUUUUGUAUGCUUAAUCAAACUGAGUUGUGGCAUUUUUCCAUGUAACCUCCUUCUGACGGCAGCUCACGCUGCUCGAAGUGACAUGAACCACUGAAGCACAUCACUGCGUGGAUGUGAGCAUCAACACGUCAUCGCACCCAGCCCCUCCCCGAGGCAGCAGGCGCUGGUGUGUUCCGGAGACGUUGCUGAACUUCAGUCGGGUGAGACCCAGACCACCCAGGUCUCCUUUACAGGAUGUCGUGACGUUUGACGUGCAGUUGGAAUAAACUUCCUCCCUGGAAGAUACAAGACGGGGUUCACGGCCAACACCAGCCUCUCCCUCCAGCCUGUUCCCGUGAGUCGGGACGACAUUUUUAGCGGUAGGAGACGUGGCUUGGUGAGAUAGAAAAGUGGUUAUUGUGGAACUACCCAACGGCAGAAUGCUUGGCACGAAGCGUGUUGUGUUUUGGGUGGGGUAGCAGAUCAAGGAGCCAAGUACGAUGCCAAUCCGAGGCCAGUGGGUUCCACCGAAGCCUCUUUCUCGGCAGCCCACCUCUGCUGGCAGGUGGCUGUCCAUGACGACGCUGGUGGCAAGGCCACAGUAGUUCAAUGGUUGAGGCGGCUAGGGAGCUGGGUCCAAGGUCCUCAGCUGUCACGGAUGGGUCCUCCCGGGGUGGCCAGACGAGUGUCAAAGGCACCUCCUUCCCAAAACAUGGGCCCCUCACAGCGGGCGGUGACCCUCCGAGCCCUGCCCUCCAGUUUUAGCAGACCCAGUAAUGCAUUUAAGGUUUGGGGUUUGUUCUCUUGUUAUGUUACUUUUGUGUGUAUUGUCUGUCUUUUCAUUUCAUGGGCUCAGCAGCGUUGGGAGACACGGACCAGAGAUCCACUUGCUAAGAACCAGGGAUGAAAGUUAGACUUUCUUACUCUGACAUAGUCGGUACAAACGAGAACUUCAGGAAAGGAUGUUGUGUAGAUUGAAGCUCUCUGUUGCCAGAGAUGCUGAAGAUACAGACCUCGGACAGGCCAGAGGGUUUCAUUUCUGGCCUCCAGCUCAGAUGACUAGCUGGUCAUUUAGGGGAAAAAAAGCAGGUGAACACUCCUUGAUAGUGGAAUGAUCAGGUGGUAGGAACCAUUCUGACGGGGGUCCUGAUGUGGUGGGAAGGGAAGAACCGCGAGCAGAAGGGGACAGGUUUAGAGGCAGUGGGGGCCAGGUGUUGAACUUGAUGGUUUCUUGAAGGUAUCAGACCACAUCAAGGCUCUAGAGUCAUCCAUGGGCAUUUGGUUUCAACCAAUAAACCUAACAUUCUAGAUUGGAAAUUGUUAUUGUGGAGUUAAGACAAAUUUUUCAAGGACACAAACUACAUCGCACUCGUCAGUGGUCACUUCUGGGGCGUGGCUUUAGGGUUUCGUUUUAUUUUGUUUAUGCAAGAACGCGGUCACUCAUCGGUACGGCCACAUUUGUGAGUGUCCGCAUCUUUCCGGUAAGCAUUGUUUGAAUGAAUCACACAUUAGCAUUUUCAAUAGGGCUCCUAUGUCCAGUAGAUUACGGGUAGUCAGUUGACAAAGAUCUGGUUUACAAGAACUAAUUCAACGUUUCAUUGCAUUUUUGUAAGAGCAUAGAAUUUUAUAAAAUGUUUGUAGUUUGUAAUCGCCGAAAAUAAUUUAAAGACACAUUUUUUUCUCUGUGUGUGCAAAUGUGUGUUUGUGAUCCAUUUUUUUUUUUUAGGACACCUGUUUACUAGCUAGCUUUACAAUAUGCCAAAAAAAAAGGGGGUUUUCCCUGACCCAAGCCGAGGCUCACCUUCUUUACCCCUAAGCUUUGUGCCCUAGAGUAUAACAAAGGAAUGAUGACAUUUUAAGAAGUAGUUCUGUAUCUUCAGUAUCUUGGUCUUCCAGAGCCCUCUGGUUGGGAAGGGGAUCAUCUUAUACUGGUCACUUCCCUUUGGAGCAUAGCUACUUUCACAGGCUGAGAGAACCUCAUUGGCCAAGGAAAGAGCAGAGGUGUGGCAGCCCAGGGCUGCCCAGUCUUAAGCACCUGGUGUGGUCGGCGUGGCCGCCGCACCGCUGUGCAAAGCCUCGAGAUGGAAAGACGGACUGCCCAGCUAAUGGCGUUCGCAGUGACCGCCGCAUGCAGACUUACCACAGACGGUGGUAAUUCUGGUGCACGCAGACUGCUUGCUUACAUGCCUCAUAUCAUAAUCAGUGCUUUGUUAUAACGAGGUAGACAGCCUAUUUGUUUUAUAAGGCGACACAGAGGAUACAUUUUUCUAAUACAGAACGAAGUUCUUUUUAAUAAAAAACUACACAGAAAAAAAAAAUUUUUUUUAAAGUUUGACUCCAUUUCCUAUAGCUCCCAGUGGAUUAGGGGCCAUGUGUACACACCUCCCCAGAAAUCCCCAUCAUUGGGAAUGUGGGUGUUUUGCACAGCAUGGGAGAAAGUUCCAGAAACGAUGUGUUUUCUGUUUGCAACUUUGCAUUCGGAUGUUGGGCGUUGUGUAGACACACCCGCGGGUGGGACAGAUGCUUGGCAGAAACACUGUUGCUUUCUAAGCCGGUGAGGUUGGGGUGAGAGGUUUGCCAGAGUCCGUCUACCUCUGGGACAAAAUUUAAAAAAAAGAAAAUUUAAACCAGAAGGCGCGAUGGAAUGGACGCAUCGCAGAAAAUGCAUUUUCUCAGUUUUCUUGUUUAAAAAGUUUUUUAAAAAAAUUUUAAAAUACAGUAAUUAACAAGGUCAAUUUGUUACCUAAGAUGACUUUCUGUGUAAAAAUUAUUCCUAAAAAAAAAUUAUUUCCUCUGUUUAUAUAAAAAAGUUAGUAGAUGAAAAAAAAUUUCAAAAUGCUUUUGUAUAUUCUGUUGUAAGAAUUUACUCCUGUUAUUCCAAUAUACUCUGGAUUCUUUACAUUACAAAAAAAAAAAGAAACUUUGUCUAUUUUGAAUGGCUGAAGCUAAGGCAAUUUUAGUUUCUCUUACUCUGCUUUUUUCUAGUAGUUAAAGUACUACAUGGUUUAAGUUAAAU